AUGAAAAGUACUGGCAUAGAACCAGAUGUUAAUGAUUUUACCCACAUGUUGAAUACAUUUAGUUUAAUAGGAAAUCCUAAAGUAUGUGAUAACCUUUGGGAAGAGAUAAUCAAAAGAAAAAUUCAACCUACAACAUAUAUGUAUAAUUCUUAUAUAACUUCAUGUUGGCGCAUGAUUAAAUCACGUAAAGGAAAGGAGGAAGGAUUUCGAAGAGCGCAAAGGGUUUUGAUCAGUCUUAGAAAUAGUGGUAGGAAGCCAAAUGUAAUAACAAAUUGCCUCUUGGCUCGAUUGUUUUUAGCAUCAAAUGAUUUGGGAUCUGCUCAAGGUUUACUUGAAGAGACAUUUUCUCAAAAAAAUCUCUCAAAAGAAUUAACCAAGCAAGAAAUUUUACGUAGCGAAUCAAUGAUCAUCCACACCUUUAAUUAUUUAAUGAAUGCACACGGAAAUGCAGGAGAUUUAUCAAUGAUGGAUAGAUGUUUUCGACUUUUCAUAGAAAUCAAAUUGCCACCGCACAUUUACUUGUUUAAUACUCUCGUUAGAAAUUCUAGUAGGAUAGACAUGGAUAAGGCUAAAAGUUACGUUGAACAAAUGAUCCAUGAAUUUAAUUUAAACCCAACUCAUCAGAUAUUUAGUUAUAUCUUAUUUAAUUUAUGUGAAAAAGGGUUAACUAAGAAAGCUGUAGAGUUUUUAAAUGUUAUGAAAGUCGAAUUUAAGUCCCCUCCUUCCGAGUUAAUGUUGGUAAAGAUUUAUAAAUCCAUGUUGAGAAAAAAAAGAUAUGUUGAGGCAAAAGAAUUUGCGGUCCAAUGGAAUGAUAAAAUAAAUCUAUCACGUGACGAUAGUCUCCCUGUGCGACAACACGUUGUUGACUUUUCAUCAUAA